AUGGCACUUAGGCUGAGCCUCCUCCUCCUCCUUGCCAUCCUACCUUGUAUUGUUCAUCCUAUCUCUGCAGCCGCCAAUGGUAGAGCCCUUGCCGAGUCAGUAGAUGCAGCGUUCUGGCUGUACGAAGCGUGGCCCCGUUCUCAAAAGCCGGCGCGGGCGCGGGCGCCAAACGGUUUUGCUCAUCACCUGCGUCUGGGCAUGGGCACACCGCCCCUGAACAGCACUUUCGUAUUUGACACCGUCGGCGCGCUCCCCUGGGCGCAGUGCCAGCCCUGCGUGCACUGCCUCCCCCAGGAGGGCGCCAUCUACAACCCUCUGAAAUCCACGUCCUUCGUGAACCUGACCUGCCCAUCCGCCGGCGGCACCGGUUGCCCCUACAACUUCAGCUACGGCGGCGACGCGUUCACCUCCGGCUACUUGGCCACCGAGACCUUAACCGUCUUUGGCCGCAGCUUCAAGAACAUUACCUUCGGAUGCGGCACGCUCAACCAGGGCUACUACGACAACGUGGCCGGCGCCUUGGGCCUCGGCCGCGGCAACUUGUCCGUCCCGAACCAGCUGGGUGUGGACACGUUCGGGUAUUGUUUCGCUCCGCGGGCCACCUUCUUCUUCUUCGGCUCCCCUCCCCAGCUGGUCCCCAACACCAUCGCAGCGACCACUCCCAUCGUCGAAAACCCCGCGUUGCCCUCCGGGUACUUCGUCAGGCUCGUCAGCGUAACGGUGGGCCCGACAAGCAUCGACGUUCCGGCGGCGAGCGACCUGCUCAUCGACAGCAAGUCGCCCUUCACCUUCCUCGAGCCGGCGACGUACGCGCUGGUGAGGGAGGCCUUGGUCGCCCAGCUCAAGCCGCUGAAGGAAGCCAGCAGCGCGGCCUGUGGGGCGGUCGGCCUCGACCUGUGCUUCGAGGCGGACAACAGCACGAAUGCCACGCCGCCGGAGGUGACGCUGCGGUUCGACGGCGAUGCGAACCUGAUGGUCUCGGAGUACCUGGUGGAGAUGUCGUCGCGUCGCUUGCUCUGCCUCGCGAUGCUCCCGUCGUCCAAGGGGAGCUUCCCCGUUCUGGGCAGGAGGGUGCUGAUGGGCACGCCAGUGAUCUACGACCUUGCCAAGAACGUGAUCUCGUUCCAGCCGGUCGACUGUGCCACCUUCGGUGCCACCUUCGCCCGGUAA